UAGGCACGAGUGGAUGUAGGCAAAUUUGCUUCCAUGCUUUUGGCCGGGCGGUCGGCUCGACAAAUCAACAAAUGACCCGACUCAUAGGCUAAAAAACAAACUGGCCGUCGUUUACGGACGGCUCGGGCUUUCUCGGCUAGUUAUCCAUCCACGCGCUCACCUGCUGUGCCUGGCCACAGCCAGGCUGGGCCUUGCCGCAGCCCCCCGAAUGGUGUUGCUCGCACCGUGCCUGGGCCCCGGCCCCGGCCUCGCACCCCCGCAACGUCAGGGCGGUUGCGGCCUCGACUCCAGCAAUGGCCAGGGCACAGAGAGGCCUCUCUGUCGCAGCCCCCGGCCCGGCACCGGCCCCGGCACCCCUGCUCGCGCCGGCGCCAACGAGGGCGCCAGCGGUAGCUACCAGGCGGCGGUGGGCGCCGCGGCCUGGCGCCUGGUGCAGGCCAUGCGACAGCUGCAGGCCAGCAUCGUCCGGCUCGACAAUGCCAGCAGCCCAGCGCUAUCCCUGCCACCCCAAAUGGCUGCGCCGGACAGCCCAGCUGCAGCCGCAGCAGCUGCAGCAGCAGCCUCGGACGAGGGCCAGGCCUUGGGCUUGGAGCUGCCAGGGGGGCUGGAAGAUCUGGAUCCAGGCCAGGCGGGGCAGCUGCGUGCCGUGCUGGAUGAGCUGCUGCUACUGCCGACGUCACCGCCCGAGAUGACUGGCGGCGGCAGUGGCAGUAGCAGCGGUGGCGGUCAAGGCGGGGGACUGCAGGGGGAGGAUGGGAAAAAGGGUGCGGCAGGCGAUACGGAUUCAGACGGACAGGAAGGGAAGCAGGAGGGGGACUGCGUCAAUUGCAACUGGGAGCAGGGCGCAAGGCAGCCGGCGGUGGAGGCGGAGGCGUGGCGGGCUUGGUGUCUCCGGCUCAGCUGCAGCGAGCUGGGCGGCAGCAGCGCCACUGCCGCGCCCGUCGCUGAUGGUAAGCGGCCACAAUUGCCACGUGCUACCCCCUCGUCACAAGCAUCAACAAUUAGAGGAAUAGCAGCAGCAGCAGCAGCAGCAGCAGCAGCAGCAGCAGCAGCAGCAGCAGCAGGAGUACAGGCGCCGCCUGACCUUCCGCCACUGGCAGCGGGCCCGUGUGGGCUGCUCCACCCUGGGUAUCUGCCCUGCGGCCUCCUGCGCCGCCCCCACGCCCACCAGCUUGCCUGGGCGGCGGCGGCGUGGCGGCUAAGCGGGAGCUUCCCCUACCCAGCAGUGACGCAGCAGCGGCCGCCGCUGCUCAAGGAAGCCGAGGGGUAUCACUCGGCUGUCGCGGCGCUGGAGGCGCUACUGCCGGAGCUACUGCCGGAGGAGGCGUGGGAGGAGGCGGGGGAGGAGGCGGAGGAGGAGGUGGCCAAGGACGAGCGCCAAAGGCAGGAUGGCGCGACUGGGAUGGGAGCUGCAGCGGAGCUUCAGAGGGAGCCGGACGGCGGCCCUCAGGCCACCUCUGCGGCAGCCAGCACCAGCAGCAUCACCAGCACCCAUCGCAAUGGCAGUAGCAGCUACAGCAGCGCCGGCGCUCUGCGGCAGCGGCGCGCCCUGACGCGGCUGCUGCUACAGCCGCAGCUGCUGUACGUGCUGCUGGGCUUUCGGCUCACGGCCGGCAGCGCGGGGUCGCGGCUGGUGGCGCCGCUGCCCAGCGCGGCCGAGUGUGUGGCGGCCUUCGAGCGGCGGCACGCGCCGCCCGGCAACCCCAGUGUGCUGACCGUGGGUGCCCGCGCGCUCACCAAGCACUGCCACCGGGACCUGCGCGGCGUGUGGUGGCCCAGCAUGAGCGGCAGCGAGGCGGCCAAGAACCAGGUGGCGCGGGACAUGCUGUCCCGGCUGAUGCGCGGCGCCGUGUGGCUCAACCUGCACCAGCUGCCGCCCUUUGACGCGCCGCGCUUCGUGCUGGAGAUGCGGAACGAGCAGGGCUACGGCGCGCGCUGGGCCGUGGACCCGUCGCCAACUGCGGCGCAGCAGCAGCGGCAGGCGGCGGAUGGGCAGGCGGCGGCGGCGGCGGAUGGGCAGGCGGCGGCGGCGGUGGGGCAUGCGGCGGCUCAAAGCGCAGCCACCGCAGACGAGCCGCUGGCGCCGGUGCCGGCGGCACCGUGCGGAGCAGGCGCCGCCAGCACGCCGCCGGCAGCAGCUGCCAUGUCAGAUGCGUGUGAAGGCUUUGAAGCACUGGCAGGUGCUGGGACUAUGACAGUAGCGGCGGCGGCGGCGGCGCGCCAAAAUUCGCUGACCGCGGAGCAGGAGGCCUCCUCCACACAGCCAUCCACUGGCCGUGGUGCAUCACAGCGCAGCACGGGGGGCCUGCCAGGAAAGGGCGCAAAGGGCGGCGGCGGCGGCGCGAGCAUGGGUGCAACAGUGGACUUGCCGCCUCCGCCUCCGCCUCCGCCUCAGGCAGUGUCGUUCCGCGGCUUUCUGGAGCCACAGAUGGAGGGCGGGCAUGAGCUGGGCUGGCGGCACUAGAUGGUGCUGAUGCGUGCUACUGCUACUGCUACCGCUGCUGGCGGCGUGCCGUUGGUGCCUGGAUGCACACGUGGGUGAUGAGGCAGUGCAAGGUGUUUGCGGCAGGUGCCGGUACAGGUUCGAUGAGGCUGGUGUUGGCCUUUGGGGCCUUAGUUACCGACGCGCAAUGGCAACUUCCCAUGGCGCCCACUCGACUUCAAUCCGUGACUUCAAUCCUUGAUGGAUAAGGUUACAUGUAACUAUAAGUUGGG